GACAGUAAAUAGCGUCGGACCGGGGUGGGACGAGUUCCGCUUCAGCCGCUGGGAGUGAGUUUUGUUGUUGACGGAGGCGCAGGUUCCUGAACAUCGCCGGCGGCCGAGGUGUUUUUUUACAGUUUAGUUAAGGGAAAUAGCAGCAAUGGCAACAGCCGAUCUUUUGGUGGAUUUACAAGAUGAUCUUGCAACCGACGAUGCUUCCAAUACACUGGGAAAACUCAAACUUUCACCAUUGGAUGACAAGACCUGGCCAGCAGAAAAUGACAACGAUGAGGAUUUGAAGUCAGACAAAGAGUGUUCCCCAGAGAUCGUUGAACCUCCCCCGAAUCUGAAGUGGGAUGAUCCAUUCUAUGACAUUGCAAGACGCCAGAUAGUGGAGGUGGCAGGAGAUGAUAACUUUGGGAGGAAGGUGAUUGUGUUCAGUGCUUGUCGGAUGCCUCCCAGUCACCAGUUGGACCACACAAAACUGCUUCAAUACCUGAAGGUCACACUGGAUAAGUAUGUUGAGAGUGACUACUCAGUUGUAUACUUUCAUUAUGGACUCACCGGUCAGAAUAAACCUUCAUUUGGCUGGUUGCUAGACGCCUACAGGGAGUUUGACAGAAAGUACAAGAAGAACAUAAAAGCUCUCUACAUUGUGCACCCCACCAAGUUCAUUAAGGCAAUCCUCGUCCUCUUCAAACCCAUAAUCAGCAUGAAGUUUGGCAGGAAGAUCUUGUACAUGAAUCAUUUGGGCGAACUUGAACAGUACCUGAAAUGUGAUCGAAUGGUGAUCCCACCGUGUGUAAAGAAAUAUGAUGACACUAUCAGUGCAUCUCAAAAGCGUGUCCCACCAGUACAAAUCAAGCAGCUGCCUCACCAACAGUUCGGUAUUGGUCUUCGAGCGCUCAGAAAAUGCGACCCCGCAAACAAGGACAUCCCACAAGUAUUAGAGGAGACAGUCGAUUACAUCAAGCAGCACGGUCUAAACAAAGAAGGGAUAUUCCGUAGGUCGGCUAAUGUGUGCUAUGUGAGGGAAGUGCUGGAUAAGUACAAUAAUGGUGUUCCUGUGGAUUAUGCAGUCUAUGGUGAUGUGCACUUGGCAGCAGUUAUGCUGAAGACUUUUCUUCGUGAAUUACCUGAACCUCUGCUGACCUAUGAGCUGUAUGACCAAGUGGUUUCAUUUGGGGGAGUGUCAAAAAAUAAACAAGUAGAAACCAUGGCUCAGAUGAUUCAGACCCUGCCUACAGAUAACUAUACGGUGCUGCAAUACUUGCUGAUCUUCUUGCACAUGGUUGCUGCCAACAGUGAACAGAAUAAAAUGACGCCCAGCAACCUGGCUCUUGUGUUUGGGCCCACACUCAUGUGGGCAAAGGAUGCCGCAAUUUCACUCAGUGCCAUCAACCCCAUUAAUUACUUUGCUCAAUCACUUUUGGUAAAUUAUAAUGCGAUUUUCUGCCAAAUGUGACAAUGCUUUAACUGUCUUAAACCACUGGAGUCCAAUCAGGCGUUUCUCGCUCUCUCUCUCUCUCUCUCUAAAUGUUUAUGACAAUGUACCUGUGUGCAGCACCGCACAGGAGAGAAAUUAAAGGUGCACCCUUUCAGUCAGGGUUGGGGAUUGCAUGUCUUUACACUGCUUUGAGUGGAGUGUGUGUGCAGUAUAAAUCUCCAUGAACCCGGGGCUGGAUUCCCUGGUUCUUGUCAUUCAUUUGUAUACCCAAGAAUCAGGAAUGCAGUUGGAGUGCUUGAAGCGUUUUCUUUCCAUUGUACGCCUGCUUGACUGCUAGUUUUAAAUUUUGUACGUUUCUCUUUCCCAUCCUCCUCAGUACUUUCUGAACUUUUAAAAGAAUUUUCAAAAAAUAAUGGAAUAUUUAUAAUUAAUUUCUAUUGUUGGGAUAUUUCUAUGCUCAUCACUUUGAAACCAACCAAUACACGUUUGUGUAGAAUGUACACUUGCUUUUUUAUAUGCUGGGCAAUGUUACUGUCCCACUCUUAAACAUUCUUCAUUCCUUUGUGUGACCAAAAUAUUUUCUGUAACUAUUUUGUGAUGGUGCAGCGUUGAGAGUUUGAUUCUCUUUGAUUCAGGGAGAGGCCAAUCUAUUCCUUAAACUAGAUUUUAAAUAUAAUUUUGUUUUGAAGUGCACGCUGACUUAGUAAAAAUAGAUGAAUAGAAAUAGUUCAAAUGAAAAUGCCAAUGUCAAAAGAGUCUGCUUGAACAAUGCUGACAAUCUUAAUAUUGUUGUGCAUUUUCAUUGGUUUUAAUUGUUUUUACUUCAGUGUUUUGUUAUAUCUAAAGAGGAAGUGUCCAUCACCUUUCCAUCAUGAUGGGAUCUGGCUUGACCAGAGCAGGUGAGAUGAGCAAAAGGGAAUUCACAUUAUCCAAGUGCUUACAUUCUCAAGGGAUAUUUCAGUGGCAUAUGUUUUUAUCCGUGGUAUUAAACUCUGCAGUCAAGUCUGGAGAUUUUUUUCUAAAAAUGGCAUGAAUUGUACCCAAUCUGGCACUCCACAGAUUAAGCAAGACAUUUAUAUAAUCCCACCCCCCCCCCCCCCCCAUUUGAAAGGUUAGAAUCUUGCUAUGUGCAUUAAUUGUAAGUGACUAUGUGUUAUUGUAUGUAACAGAUUGCACUCCCUCAAUGAUACUGUACUACAGAUGUGAAAUUACUGGGAAUACAUGGUUUUGCUAUUCUGUCUUUGGUGUUCAUUGUUUCAAAAAAGGAAAACAAUAUUAUUGUCGUUAAUAGACCUUUGAUAGUGAACUUACCUUUAAAUAUUGUGGAUUUAUUGGCUUUUAUUUCAGGCCCAAUUAGUAAACUGUUGUUCUCAUUGCAAAUUCAUUCAAAGUAUGCAACCCAGCAUUUUAUUCAGGAAAGCAUUUCUCAAAUGUAAUAUGAAUUGGCUGCUUUUAAAAUAAUAUUUAUUCAUGGAAGCCAUUUAACAAAUAAUUGGCCUUUUUGUGCCAUAUGGCAAAUUAAUCAACGCAGGAAGUCACAAAUCUUGCAGUCAACCUAUUUGUAAAAUAUUAAGGGGAGAGAGAGAAGUACUGUGUCAUAGCUCACAGCUUCACAAGGUAGGACUUGGGAGCUAAGGUGCUCCUUGAGCAGAGGAGAAAUUUAGGCUCAUUUUUUAAAGGAAAUCUCAAUGUCUAAUGGUAUAGAUUUAAUGCCUCAAUACUAUCAAUAUUACAUGACUAUAAUUUUAUUUUUUGUUGAUGGGCUGAAUUUUUGUUUUGAUGCAUUUCUAAUUAACAUAUCAGUAACAGUGGGGUCUAUUGACCUCUUCCAGUCCCCCACGUCCUUUGAGAUAUUUGCUCUUGGGAUCAGUGCAGUCAAGUGGAAAUUGUUCAUGUUGGUUUGGACAAUGAAUUGUGGUUGACUAUUGGUAUGAGGUGGCAUCAUGGUCUUCUAGAUAAUCAAGCAUGUUCCCAGCAAUGGUUGAUAGCUUGUGCUUUAAAGUGGGAAGCUGGAAGCUUCUCCCAUCCGCCCCCCUGGUGAAAUUCACAUUUAAAACAAUAAGUUGCAAGGAAGUCUGAAUAUAUUUUGUUUCAUUUCACUUAAAUGUUAUUAACCGACUGACUCGUGUUCUGAAUUUGAUCCAGGUUUAAAUGAGCCAUUUUGCAUAAUUCCUAUAUGCCUGGAUUAGUAAUGUUCCAUGCCGAGGCAUCUAAUGAUAGGGGUGGAAGUUCCACAUUAUCUUCAAAUAUUGCCAUUUACCGCAGGUAUAGGUUAACAUAUGUGAAGUAAAAAGGGAAAUGGAGCAUUUAUCAGAUGCUUUGCGUGAGCUGAUAAAUUGGAAGUGUAGGAUUGAGCAAACAGUACAUUUACUUAAAACUAACUAACUACUGACUUCCAAUAAAAACUGGGCAGUAGGAUGCCAAUGCAUUAUGUGAUGCCAAUCUCAUCUACAACAGAUCAAAGCUGGUAAACCUGGCUAUAUUAUUGUACUUUGUGCUUUCAAAAAGAAUGGUGUACUUGAUGUCUCACCUUUGAGUGGAAGUGAUUUUCGUUUUGAUUUGUAUGAUUGUUUAGUUUGUGAAAUAAGGUGCCACUGCAGCAGGUGCUUGCAUUAUUCUAGGAGUAUGGUGUUAGUGAUGCUCGAGUUUUCUCACGUUAUCCAGUGCUCCGCUUUUGCAACUAGUUGUUUACUCUGUAAAACAUCUUUAUCAGGGAUAUCAAUCGCCAAUAAAUGAAAUAGAUUC